CGGAUCCAUAAAUGCCUGGCCAAGAAGAAGAAGAAGACGAAGAGACCACAUCCAACCAUCCUUGUUCAACAGCAUGAUGAGGAACCUUUCUCUCGUUGUUCUGGGCUUUACGGCAUUGGCCCGAGUGCAGGCCAGCUGGCAAUUCCUCUCACGCCCCGAUCUCUCGACACCAGUGCUCAAUAUCACCCAAUUGGAUGCUGACAAGGUGGCGCCCGGCUACUUGUUCGUGGCACCGUUUGCGGGCGGCAGCGAUCACGAGAAGCACAGCCCCCUUCAACCAGGCCCAUACAUCUAUACGUCGCAGGGCGAUCUCGUCUGGACCGGUUUCGCGCAGUACUUUUCCAUUUGGACCGUGAACCUGCAAAAGACAAAAUUCAAGGGCAAAGACGCCCUCUUCGCAUUCCAGGGCAAGCACAAUGCCGCCCAUGGGCACGGGCACGGCCACAUCAAGAUCCUCGACUCGAGCUACAGAACGGUGGGCGAGGUGCGGGCUGGUCACCACCGGUUGAUCGACAAGCACGAGGGCCAGAUCCUGGACGAUGGCAAGUCCGCCCUCGUCCAGAUCUACCAGCCCGUCGCGAGGGACCUGAGUGAGGUGGGCGGAGACGACGAUCACCAAUGGAUCGUCGAUGCCCAGUUCCAGGAGAUUGACGUCGAGUCCGGCGACGUCCUCUUCGAAUGGCACUCGCUCGACCAUGUUCCGCCUUCGCACUCCAACAUCAGCCUCCAGAGCGGGCAGGCUGGCGACGGCAGCGACUCCUCCGAGGCCUGGGACUACUUUCACAUCAACUCAGUCGACAAGGACGCAGACGGUCACUAUCUCCUCUCCGCCCGAGACGUCAACUCCGUCUACAAAAUUCACGGCCGCACAGGCAAGAUCAUCUGGAGGCUCGGGGGUCGUAACGAGCACAGCGACUUUCAGGCGCUGGAUCAAGAGACAUCCUUUAGCUACCAGCACCAUGCUAGAUUCCAGGGAAGAGACAAGAGAGGUCGAGAGAUCAUCUCUCUGUACGACAACAGCGCCCACGGGACAGAGACGGACGGUGGUAGUGAAGUGCGAGAUGCGCCGACAUCGUCCGGCAAGAUCCUGGCACUGGACCACAAGGAAAAGACCGUCGAGACGGUACAGGCAUUUUAUCCGCCCUUUCCGCUCCUUUCCAAGUCGCAGGGCUCGACGCACGUCUUGCCCAGCGGCAAUGUCCUUGUCAAUUGGGGCUCCGAGGGUGCCGUGACAGAGUACACGAGCGACGGAACGGCCAUCUUCCACGCCUUUCUCGACAGCGGCAAGCUGGCGGCGGGUGUGCAAAAUUAUAGGGCCUUCAAGUCUGAAUGGACGGGACGACCGACCGAAGAGGCUGCCGUCGCAGGCCUCCUCUACAGCUCGGCCCCGGGUGGGAAACUGGUGCCUUACUCUGCGUCGAGCUCAAAUGCAAAGCUCCUCGUGGCGGCGUCCUGGAACGGUGACACCGAAGUGGCCACCUGGCGCUUCGUGGCUCGGGAUGAGCAGCAGAAAAUCAAGAAGCUGGGCGAGGGCAAGCGAAAGGGCUUCGAGACGAGAUUCCUGAUCGAUUUCGAGCUCGGCGUGGGCAGUCAUGAGCUAUCACAUGUUCGAGCAGAAGGUCUGGAUCGAAAGGGAAGGGUCCUCACAGAGACUCGCUGGGAGAAGAUCGAGCAUGAUCGGGCUGUUCCGCCUGAAUUUCGGGCAGGUCUGUCUCCCCUGCCAAGCCAGAAGAAGAACGCCCAACUUGUUUUUCAGCACGUAUGAGUUGCUACAUCAAGCCCAUGGCUCUAUAAUAAAUAUGUCCGCUCGAUGUAGUGCUGUCCUGUCCACUUUGCAUCUGACCUACGUCUGAGCUGAUCUCGCCCGCCUUCUGAGGAUACACAUCAGGGCAGUCCUCUCUCCACCUGUUCGGGGCUCCGCCGAACGACUCCACCGGCCGGGGGGCACGGAUUUGUUAAUUGAGCCGAAAGGGACUAG